GAGUGCGCCUGCGCGGCCGCCCGGGUGGCUGGGCCGCGGCGGCGCGUUCCAUGGCCAGGGGUGCGGGACCAUGACCGAUUACAGCGAGGAGCAGCGCAACGAGCGGGAGGCGCUGGAGUCCAUCUACCCGGACUCGUUCACGGUGUUAUCAGAAAACCCAACAAGUUUCACUAUCACAGUGACAUCUGAAGCAGGAGAAAAUGACGAAACUGUCCAGGCAACUCUUAAAUUUACCUAUGGAGAAAAAUAUCCAGAUGAAACUCCACUUUAUGAAAUAUUCUCCCAGGAGAACCUUGAAGAUAAUGAUGUCACAGACAUAUUAAGCCUUCUAGCACAACAGGCAGAAGAGAACUUGGGGAUGGUGAUGAUCUUCACUCUAGUGUCAGCUGUACAAGAGAAAUUAAAUGAAAUAGUGGAUCAAAUAAAAACAAGGCAAGAGGAGGAAAAGAAACAGAAGGAAAGAGAAGCAGAGGAGGCAGAAAAGCUAUGUUUCCAUGGCACUCCUGUUACAAUCGAGAAUUUCCUGAGUUGGAAAGCAAAGUUUGAUGCAGAGCUCCUAGAAAUUAAAAGAAAAAAGAUGAAAGAAGAGGAGCAAUCAGGCAGAAAUAAAUUAAGUGGAAAACAGCUAUUUGAAACCGAUCAUAAUCUUGACACAUCUGACAUUCAAUUCUUAGAAGAAGCUGGAAACAGUGUGGAAGUAGAUGAAUCCUUGUUCCAGGAAAUGGAUGACUUGGAGUUGGAUGAUGAAGAGGAUGACCCUGAUUACAACCCUGUUGAUUUAGAUAGUGACUAGACUGAAUUUGCUGAACUGGCUGUGUCAUUAGUAUGCAUGGACACAUGUAGGGAGAAAGAGGCAGUCAGGAAAGCCACAGUAUCUGUGGCUCUACCAAGCAUGUAUUGGUUUUCAUUUUUGAAGGAAAAAACAAACUUUUAAUUUCAGGAGAAUACUCUUCUGAUGACUUGCAUCAUUAUUAAUAAAUUGACUUUAACAUUUCAAAUGUGAAAUGUUAGACGUAUCGUUAAUCUGUAUGAAGUCUAGAAACCUAUACAUCUGUUAUCUCUCCCUUCCCACCUGAGUAACUGCCCUUGAAGAGAUCAGACAUGCAAGAUGACAAGGUGCUAGAGCAGAUGCUGUACGUGCCACAAUACAAAUGUGUGCUGAGCACCUAUUCUGUUAUCUUCAGCCUGAAAUACAUGUGGAAGUUCUGGUGAAGAAAUGGGGAGUGAUUACUAUAAAACUGCUCUAUCUGUGGGACUCUACAGUACAUCAAAUACAACUUAUUAAUGGUGCUUCUAACCAUUCUCAUUCAUUAACGGCCAUAGAGAGACUGACUGGUGGUGACCUUCCAACUUCGUACCACCUCCUCAGAGUUCCAUCUUAGACGAUAUCCUUCCUCUUCCCCAUACUACAGCAGCACCAAUAACACCGCUGAUGUUAAAGAUAAAAUUGUUUCUACACUAUAAAGGUGGUUCGAUAACUUGGCCAUUUCAGAUUAUGUAAAAUUGACAUCUUGGAUAUGAUUUUUUUUAAAAACGUAAAACCAGAGCAGUGAAAACCCUUUCAUUCCUCUUGUUUUCAAAUUUUAACUUUUUGGCCAUAAUCCAGACAAAGAAUUUGGAUAAAGUUCUAAAGGACAUGAAGGCCUUAAAAUCAUUUUCAAAAGUUCGAUGGAUCUGUUUGAAAGGCAGCUUCUCUUUUGAACUUGUGCAGUAGUUAGCCCUAUUGAAAAUGUUAUGAAAAUAAUAAUUUAAUGAAUGGGACUUAUUUUCUACAAUCAGCAGAGUACAAGUCUAUGCCAUUGUAGUUAAACUUGAGUAACAGUUCCUAAUAUUGUGUCUCUCUUAGUAAUUACAAGGUGCCAUGUUGUCUAGAUGUGAAUCUAGUUGGCAUUACCACUGUUGAAACCAACCAUUGUGAAAGUCCGUUAGUACAAGAUAGACCACAAAGAUCCAGCCAAGCUGCAGGAACCAACACGCAGAUAUUAGCCCAGCUGUUCUCUUGGCAUUACAGUGUCAUCAGUGGCUCUGUGCUUUGCUGCACUGUUUUGUGUUCCACAAUAAUACAUCUAUGAGAAGAGCAGUAGGAUGGCUGGAAGAUCACAGGCUGUGGAGAGAGGUGAGAAAUGGAAGACUAUUGCUAAUGGGAGGAAGAUGUAGCAUGUCAAUGUGGGUAUAAGAGUAAGGAGGAUGCUGUAUUUGGCUUAUAAAAAGGAACAGGAAAACAUUUUAAAUGAAGAAAUAGAGGAAAGAGUGAAUAAACCAAGGGAAGAGAUAUGAAGCAAAAAUGAAUAACUGAAAUGUGGCGGGGAGGCUAGCAAGACAUGGAGGGAGGGGAGAAGAAACUAUUCUGUUGUAACUCCUCUGUGGUUAUAGAUCAAGCUGCAAUAGAUGUUUUCUAUUGGUCAUCAGUUACAAAUGAAAACCCCAGGAUCUCUGUGUUGCUAAGUAUUUUAGCAGGUUUACUUCUUGUUUAUGAAGCUAUGGUCUCUCUCCCUCUGAAGGAAAAAAUAUUCAUAAUGUAAUAUAACAUUUUUCAAAGAUAACUUGCUCUUUUGUAUAAAGUAGUUUGGGAUACUUUGUACAAAAGGAACUAAGUACAGGUAUGACUUGUUAGUGCAUGAGUGAUUGUUCAGACAAUAACUAGGCAUGAAGCUAAUUUCAAGAGACAGGUCUCCGAAUAAAUCGGGAGCAGGGGUUGCCACACCUCUGGAUGAUAAAGGGUUCUGUGCGCACUUCAAUUUUAAUGUAUUUUUAGUGUGACUAUUUUAGCUAUCGGGGCUUCAAACAAGUUUUCUUUUUUAUUUCUUUGUAUGCAGAGUGUUUACUGCUAUUGCCACAUUUGUUUUGAGAACUAGAAAUAUUUAACUUUGUUACAUAUUUAGAAGUGAGACCCUUCAGCCCAGAAGAUCCUGUGUAGCAUGAUAGUGUCACAUUCUGGGGUGCAUUUCAGACCUGUGAGGGCUCACAUUACUGCUUGGCUUGCAACCUUGAGUGCCUCACAGUGCUUUACUGUUGUAGCUCCCAAUCUGGGCUACCCACAACCAACCUGCCAGCAUGCAGGUCACACUCUGAGUGUCCACGUAUAGCUACUGACUUGGUCCAACAACUCUGACCCCAGCAGCCUGUCAGCAGCAGGCCAGCCACAUUCUGACUUCCAGCAACCUUGGUUACUACUUUCAGGGUUACCCCAACACACUCCCAAAUUUUCCCCCAAAACGUGUUCUGAGCUGUCCAGCCCUCUUUUGGACUGUUCAGAUAUUAGAGGUCCUUUGCACUUGUAAGGGGUCAAAAUUCAGCUGUUUGCUAGACUCCUGGAGUUACCAAACAGUUCAGUUUAAACACAGCACUGAAUUAGUUUGUUAAAAUGAAAUUAGUAGUUAAAAAAUGAAGUAAGUUAAAACCUACCUUGUUAAGAUAAAUUGAGUACACGUAUAAAGUAUUAGUCAGAAAUGGUUACAAGAGAAAUAAAGACAAAAUGUCUUCUA